UAAAACUUCCUCAAUUAAUAUGAAAAACAAAAUAUUAUAGCUUAAUCACGCAGAUGCCAUGGAUGUAUCAACUGCUUAUUUUAUCCUUUUUAUCUUUAUAAAUAUAGACACUUUAAAUGGACAACAUGCGGUUGUAUCACAGGUUACCCUGAACUACAAAUCAAGUGACAUUUGCGACAUUAGGAAAUUUGAAAGUAAGACUGAUUUGAUAGUGCAAAGCUGUGACACUGGUAACGACGGCUCUCAAGUGUGUUUCGUUAGCGAUGGAGAACGUACUUAUGAAUACAAAUGCGUCGAAGAAUCAUGGAAAUUAUCCACUGGAACAGAUCACCAUGGGAGGCAGAAAAGAUUCAUUGACUGGAUUGUUGGAGGAUUAUUUGCGUUAUUUGCUGUGGCAGUUACUGUGGUAAUUUAUUGUGGUGUUUUCGGCGAAUGUUUUGAAAAGGAAGUAGACCAAGAAAAAAUAUAUGCUAACCCUCCUGAGUAUAAAAAAUGUCCCAAAAGCGGAGCGGUGUACACGGCCUUAAGUCAGAAAAAGUCUGUGAAAGUAACUUGGGAAGAACCAAAAGCAGAAGACGACGAGGAAGUAGUUAGCGAAACCCAAACAUACAACAGUGGUGAUGAAUUCAUAGGUAGUCCAGACGGACGGAAGUAUAUAGUUAUAUAUACUGCAAAAGACGGAUAUGGUCUCACAGCAACAUGCAGUUUUACAUUCACUGUAAAAUAUAUAACAUGCGACACUCGAGAUCCGCCAAUGCACGGACGUCAAGAUUGUUCACAUGGAUAUAUCUAUGGAUCAGAGUGUGUUGUGGAAUGCUAUGAUGGAAACGAAGUUGUUGAUGGUGAUACAGCUACUUGCCUGAAAGAUAAAACCUGGGAUUAUACACCAGUUUGUCAGAAAACUGUUUGUCAACCACCAUUCGACAUAACAAACGGAAAAGUUGCAUGUGACGACGAGUUGUAUCGCUUCGAAAGCGAGUGCUCUUUUGAAUGCGACAGUGGGUUUUCAUUGAGUUUGAAUAGCCCUAAAAGAAUGGAAUGUCAGGCAGAUAAGACAUGGUCAGUAAUGGUCACCAGCGUUGCUUGUACAGAUAAUGAACCGCCAAACAUAGAGUGUUUGUCGCCGCAAAUAUUUUAUGCUGAUCGAGGUAGUUUCACAACAUCUGUUACCUGGGAAGAGCCGUCGGCUACAGACAAUGUAGAUGCAGAUCCAGUCAUAAGAAAACUAUCGAAUAUUUCCCAGGGGGAUAUACUACAGGAAGGUGAUCACUAUGUUACAUAUGAAGCUUCUGAUGACGAAGGGAAUACAUUGCCAGCGUUGUCGAAAUGUACCAUCACUUUGGAAGUAAAAGUGAUAAGGUGUUUUGCUGGCCCCAUGGAUGCACUGGACAAACCUCGGUUUAUUAAUUACAACUGCAGCGAUACAAGAUACUAUGAUGGAGUUUAUUGUGACCUUGGAUGUGAAUUAAACAUUCCACUCAAUGGCUCAGACCGUAUGACAUGUGAACGAAACGGAACAACUGACAAAGGUGUAUGGGUUUGGGAUUCCGAUGUGCAACCAUUGUGUGAAGUGGAAAACUGUCCACCAUUAGAUCCUCCGGAAAAUGGGGAUCUUAUAACUGACUCUGUAAAUGCCCGGCCACUUCAUGUUAUGUUGUGUAAGGAAGGUUACGACAUCCCAAGGGUUGUAACCGAUGCUUUCCAAGGGAGAUUGGUCUGUCAAGGCAGUGGCAAAUGGUAUCCAUUGUCUUCAUUUCCUGAUUGUAUAGAGCAAGUUAUUCCGGUGAUGAAACUGCCCGCUGAACAUAUAUAUACAGGUGAUUGCAAUAAUGAAACAACCCAAGAAAUAAUCAAACAACAAGUUCUUCUUUAUUUGGCUGGUGUAUUAGAAGAUGUUGACAAUUCAAUUUGUCCAGAUCAAGAAACUAGUAAAAUUGAGAACCUCGUGAUUGUUUGUGGUACAAAUUCGAGAAGAAGACGUAGGAGGGAGACACAGCACGGUAUUUUCAAACGCCAGGAUGGGAAAAUUGUCGUGACAUUUAAUAUAAUGAUGGAUUUUGAUGCAAGAAACAAGACAGCCGAAAACGCUUAUCUUGAUAUUCUAGAUUUCUAUGAAAAUGUCACAGAAUUGAUAGAAGAAUACGUAAAUGAAGGAAAGUUUGAUAUUCAAAACUUAACUCUAUCCGUUGACGCUUUUAAGUCAGAUGCUUCGCCUGAAUUCGUGUGUACUGAUUCCGGAUACAAGUUUGUGUCUGGGAGUUUGAAGUGCAAACCAUGUCCUAGAGGAACUUACUUGAAUUCAACAACAAGCAUUUGUGAAUAUUGUAAUAUCGGUGAAUAUAUGGACCAUGAAGCCGCAACAACCUGUGAGGUUUGUCCUUAUGGAUACAGCACGCUGUAUAAAGGAUCUAAGAACAUAACAGCUUGCAUAAAGCUCUGCGGCCCUGGGUUUGCGUCAAGCACAGCUAUGGAACCAUGUAUUGCUUGCCCAGUCGGUACUUAUCAGCUUCUUCUAGGUCAGACAAAGUGCGAGUCAUGUCCAUAUGGUACCGCGACCAAAGAAACAAACAGUAUCACUGCUAAAGAUUGCGAUAUCUUUGAUAUCUUUAUCGGCACAUUAGAAGAACAAUCCAUAAUCGGCACAUUCAAUGCAGAAGAUUCAACAACUUUAACAUUAUCAUUAUGGCUCAAACCAGUUAAUCUUGAACAAUUCCGUCUGUCUAUAUACAUCACCGACAUAUUUGGCGAAACAAUAAAUAUAACAUUUUCUGACUCUGUUUAUGUUGUAUUGGGAUCAAAUUCUAAUAAUGCAAGUGAUGGGACGUUGACAAAAGACCAGUGGACCCAUAUUGCGUGUAGUUUUAAUGCUAUCUCAGGCAGUAUGCAGCUUUAUGUUGGAGGAAAAUUGAUAAUGAGUGAAACGGCAGCAGUUAGAGAUCCCCUAAGAACGAUAUCAAAAGGAACCAUUGAGAUGGAAAAUAUAUCUAAAGGUAUAUACAUAUCUGGCUUCUCCCUGUACAAUCGACAUCUAGACCAGGCUGGUGUAACGUCUCUAUUACAAUAUUGUGCAGUGACUGCAGCGGACGGGUUAUUCUCAAUGACUGAUAUGUUACCACAUCUCGUUCAAGAAAGUUCUAUAGUAUUACCGACGACCUGCGACCCGGUUAACGAGUGUGAGACGGGGCCAUGCGGUACUCAUACGUGUAUAAACAAAGUGGAUGGUUUUGAAUGCAUUUGUCAAAAUGGAAUGACCGGCGAUUUAUGCGACAUACCACCAGAUUACUGUCUAUAUAAUGACUGUGUGAAUGGAGAGUGUGUUUCCGGCAAUGGAACAUAUAGAUGCACAUGCAAUGACGGCUACACUGGUGUAUUCUGCAAUAAACCACCAGUAAAUGGAGGCUGGUCAGAAUGGCGGGAGUGGAGCAGCUGCUCUGUAACAUGCAGUGGUGGAACACGCAACCGAAGUCGUAAAUGUAAUAAUCCUGUGCCGGGAUUCAUGGGCUUAGAUUGUGAAGGAAAUACGACUGAAACAGUUGCAUGCAACGGUCACACAUGUCCAUCAUGCCCAAAGCUGGAGAGAGAAUAUGGUACUAUUGUGACAUGUAGAGAUGAUUCAUCUGAAAAUAUUUUAGAAUGCAACAUGACGUGUGUAAGGGGAAAAUAUUUAGCAAAUGGACAAAGGCCAUAUGAAAAAUACAAAUGCGGUCCAACUACUGGCUAUAUAUGGGAACCAACCGAUAAAAUGCCUACAUGUGUUGAUGUGACAGUUCCUGACAUACUUGGAACGCAGGUUAGCGUAACAUAUACAGACACUGUUUCUGAUUCCGACGUGGAUGACGUCAACUUAUCCGUAGAACAGAAGUUUAAUGACUUCAAAUGUGAGACGUGCCAAUUAAAGUCUACUAUUGUCUCAAAUAAUGUGUCGAACAAUUUGUCAAAACGGUCAACUUCUUCUACAUUGACUCUGCAGUUUUCUAAACAUCUUAUAGGCAAUGGGGAUAUCGCACUGGUUGAUUACUUAACAAACGGAACAGAAACACCGGCAAUGACAGAGCUGUUAGAUACAGUCCGUUCAAUAGUUGCAUUCACUGAGUUCAUAUAAACAAAUUCAACAUCGAUUUUUGAUGUAAAUGUUGGUGGCGUGAAGUACACAACAGACAGUAACUCUGUUUCAUUUGCUGGGACAGUAACCUGUGCCGUUGGGUACGCUGGAGCAGAUGGACUAUGUGCGAAAUGUGCAUCUGGAACAAGAUUAAACUUUCCCGAUUGUGUAAACUGUGAAAUUGGAACAUACCAGCCACUACAAGGUCAAAGUGAAUGCUUACCGUGUCCGAAUGGGUAUACAACACCAACAUUUGGUGCCGCAAAUAUAUCAGAAUGCUCAGUGAUCACACAGACAUACCCAUCUACAUACUCAUCUACAAUCAGUACAGUUACCACUAAAGCAGACGAAAAAGGAAAGGACGAAGAUGAUGAAACAGCUUUUUUAGUGGUUGUAAUUGCUGCUUGUGUAGUCUUCAUCUCCAUCAUUGUCAUCAUAGCUUUGGUAAUACUGAAGAAACAUACAAGACGCCGUUCGGAAACGAACGGAACAACAGCAACUUACUUUACCAGCCUCAGUAUAGAGCGUCCGGACUCAAGAGGAUCAACUGUGACAGAAUACGUUGAACAGGGCUCCAAGAAGGAGGACUCGUCUAGUAAAAAUGCAAAUUACGUUGGUGGACGGAAACCAUAGACGUGUAUACAGAUGAACUGUGCUUGCACCUUUCCCUCUGUCGGUGAUAUCAUAUAAGUGUAUGACAUCGACUAAAAUACUUAUGGUCCUUGGUUCAAGCACUUAUGUUAUCCGUCAAAACUAUACAUUAUCCGUCUGAAUUAGAUAAAAACUAUUGCAUUUUGAUGACGAAUAUCCAUGAUUUAUGUUUGCAACUUGAUUUAUCUAGACCUUUUGUUUGUUCCACUGUCGUUUACAUUUUUCGUUUUAUUUUUUAAUUUGACCUUCAGCAUGUGUUUCGAUAUACAAGGCAAGCACCCGGUCAUUCUACGAACUGACGGCAUUGGUCCGAAAAGUGUUAGAUAUAGAUCCUUAACUAUUGACAUUUCCACCAUAUGUUAGUCGCGGAUCUUGUAUUUUUGUAAACAAAGUAUUUAAAUGCAAAUGGUGUCGUGUUGAUUUCACGGAUUCGAUAUCAAAGUGCAUAAGUGGCCAUGUUUAUUUAGCGGAUGCGUCAUAUGUAACACUGUAAUCUGAAAAAAAUCCGAAUUUUAUCAUGAAGUUUCAGUCUCAUUUGAAUAUGUAAGCAUGUCAUAAAAAGAAAAUUCGUUGAUUUUCACAAAUUAGAAUAAAAUAAAAAGAAACUUUGUUAUCAGUGAGAUUUUGAAAUACAUCUUCAUCGAUAAGUGGGACUAUUCUGACAUUUUCACUAAGGUCCUGCCUUCAUGAAAAUAUUGAAUUUUCUCCCUUAUCGGUGAAUAUAUAUUUCGAUAUCACUCUGCAAACAAACAAAUAUUCUCAGUAAUUUAGACUAUAAUUAAUAUGAUGAAAAAUAUGGCCUUUCCGGACAAUAGACUUCGGACAUUGAUAUACUUACUAAGAGCGGUAGAUAUGAAACUCAUUAAAACUGAUAAACAUGAAUGUAACGAUAUAAUACAAUACAAUGCUAAUCAUACUAUCUAACUAUCUAUUUAAAUCUGGAUAUUUUAGCAUCCAAGUUUGAUCUGAAGUGACCGCUGAAUCUAGCUCUUGUUUACUUUGUGGAUACUUUAGUAAAAGACAAAUUCAUCUCUUAAGUUUCUUCCAAAAAGGCAUCUGUCUUAUGAAAUUAUAAACUAUGCCUAAGCUACUGUUUCAGAACCAAGUAUCAAGUAUUAACAUACACCUUUAUAACCAUAAUUGAUCAUUCAUCACUUUACACACAAUCUGUCGUUUAUUCUCUAUUUUCCAUCCUGAAUUUUCUGCUUUACAUACAAUCUGUCGUUUAUUCUCUAUUUUCCAUCCUGAAUUUUCUACUUUACGUUAAAAAUGUUAGUAAUUUUCUCUUUAUAGGUGUGCAAGUUAACUUUGUUUAUUAAUCUUAUAUAUGGAUUUACUUUUACCUUCACAUUUUAGUUAGAUUUGAUGUUUGUUCCUUAUGAUGCAUAUUUCCUGUAUCUGUUUUAUCUUCAUCGCGGGUUACUGACACCAUCUGAAUAUUUGCACAAACACAAGUAUUGGACAUUUCUGGUCAGCCCAGUUGCCACACAGUAACACCUGUCACCGGCUAGUUUUGUAGCAAACAGAUAUCACGGCUAAUCAACAGGACGUAAGGGGGAUUUACUUUAUGACCAUGCAAGAUUACAUUUGAUUAUCAAAGAUCAGUCUAGUGACCUGUAACUAAUGGUUAUUCGAGAUGUGAGCAGUCGUGCAGAGUUACGCGUGGUCGUAUGACUGUUGACUUACUGUAGAAUCCGACGAUCAACCACGACCACGUAAGACCAUUGACGGCUCGUAGCACAACAAUUGCACGAUUGUUGUAGACCUGCCAAAGAUCACAGACGACUAGUUAAGACCAAUAGGUCGCAGUCAGUUUUUGAACUUGAUAUAAUCCCCUCCCCCCCCCCAACACAGAGUUUGGCCAUGUGACUAGCAAAAAUCAUACACUAUCCUCAGAGCCUAUGUCAAGAGUGUUCCGCAACUGACCAAUUAUUAACGUGCGAUCGCUCCUCCUCUUAGAUCACGUGGUUUUGAAAUGCGAAACCUUCAACAAACAAGAUUCAAAAUGACUGAAAUGAUUUCCCUUAAGAUGUUGGCAUUAUUUCUUUCCUUAAAAAACAUUAUUUUGACCAAUAAGUUUGCUAAUUAGUCAUAUAUCAAUUCUAUGGAAUGCUUUUGGGACAGAAAUAACACCAUUAAUAUUAAAAGAUAUAAAAGAACGUUUUCAAAUGUA